CUCCCACAAAGCCAUCUUUGUAGCCUUUUCCUAAGGAUUGCUUGUUCCAUAGCUCCAAGAGGUCACAGGUUACAGAGGAAUCCAAAGAAACAGGAAAUGGAGCUUCCCCGCUCCACUUUCAAAUGUUAAAAACCUGUUUCCUUUCUGCACCACAAACAAAAAUCCCCAGAUGGGCCAUUCUCUGCAGGUUCAUUGUGAAAGCAACAGUUUGAAGGGGAAGAGGCAGGAGAAGCCAGCUACAAAAACUUACUAAGGGACUUGUUAAUUCAAACAAGCCAAGAGAAUGAAGGAGGUACUCUUGAUUUUGGUGUUAUUGUGCCUAAAAUGGAGCAGCACAGGGGCCAAUUCAACUGGCAUGGCCCUUACUACAUCUGUGGAAAGUGAAAUGGAAACAAGUCAGCCUGAUUUGACUUUGACCAGAAUAAAGGGAUUCGUAUUGACAACACCUUUGCCUCCUACCACAGAGAAGUCGACUGUUUUAGAAAACACAACUCAGGUGGUGGAUGAAAAACAUGGUUCUCCUUCACUUGUGGAAGAAAUUCAAGGAUUGCAAAUGCCAGCAGCAACAUUGAAGAAGACAUCUUUAAAUCGUACAAAUCCUAGUGGUGGCAACAUUAACAGUGAUUUUUCAAAUGGAAAACCAUCUGUUUUAUCGAACAGCACAAAAACUCAAGCACAAAUCAUUCCUCGAAAAGGUCCUCUUGAAAGGGAAGCUUUGAAAGGAGCAACGGUGAGCAGAUCGUCUAGACAAUCAGGUUACAACAGCAUCAGCAGCAAGCCAAAUGCGGACUUGAAAAAACCUAGCUUUGAAACCACCAGGGGGAAGAACUGGUGUGCCUAUGUUCACACAAGACUCCAGCCCACCAUCGUAGUUGACAAUAUACAAAGCUAUGCAUCAGGCAGAUCCAACCCAUGCAACUGGAUAACAGGACCCUGUGGAUCAAGCUCCCAGUCAAGGACUCACCAAGCUUACCGGAUCAAACAUAUGAUAGUGACAUCACUGGAAUGGAAGUGCUGCCCUGGAUAUAGUGGUGGAACGUGCCAGCCCAAAGCUCAACAGGAUCAAUUGCCUAUGCACAGUAACCAGGUGGAGAGCAACACAGCUGUCAAUGGAGGGGCACCAGGAAACCCACAGCAGCAACGGGAACAGCAGGAUCCCAGCGACCCAGCAGUUGCGCAAAAAAUGAAUGAACAGAUUAGCAGCCAGGAGAUGAAACUGACUUUACUACAGAAGAAGGUUGACAACAUUUCGGUCGUCAUGAGCGAUGUGAGCAAGACACUCUCCUCUCUGGAAGGCAAAAUCAAUGAAGAUAAGGGCAGAGACUUCCAGGCUUUUCUGAAAGGUCUCAAGUCCAAAAGCAUUACUGAACUAGUCCAAGAAAUUGUAAAAGAACAGUUCAAAUUCCUCCAAAGUGACAUGCAAGAAACAGUGGCCCAGAUUUUCAAGAUUGUUUCUGGUCUGUCUGAUGAUAUUGAAAACACUAAAGAGCUGAUCAAGAGAUUGAAUGUUUCUCAGCAAAAAAUUGUCACAGAGAUAACACAUAGACCUACGAAGGUAGAAAUCCAAGAGAUAAGAAAUGAGAUUCUACAUAUUGAACAAGACAUCAGCUUUACAUGUGACAAGCCAAUCAAAGUCUUGCAGGAAAAGCAGAGGUCUAUGGAAGUCGCCUUGGAGCAUCAAAGUUCAAAGAGCAAUCUUUAUUAUGAAUCUCUGAACAAAAGUCUAAGUCAAAUGAAAGAGGUACAUGAACAGCUCUUAUCAGCUGAACAGAGGUCAGACCAAAAUGUCCCGACAGCAGGUAAAUCGGUGAGUGAUAACCUUACCGAUUACAUGAUCAGUUUACAUGAGAAAGUGAAAAAACAGAGUCUGAUGGUUCUGCAAUUGCAUGAUGACCUCAGAGUCCAAGACAGCAAAAUUAGCAAUCUCACAAUAACAUUAGAGAUUCAGAAAGAUACCUUGGAAGAAGAAUGCAAUGGCAUGUUGUCCAAAUGCAAGAGUGAUUUUGAAAUGCAACUGAAGGGCAUGGAGGAGAAUAUGCGUUCUUUAAAUAAAACACUGGAGAAUCUUGUGUUUCCCUUGGAUGAGAAGAUGGACAAAAUGAAUGAGCAAAUUAAUGACCUCUGCUAUGAUAUGGAGAUUCUCCAACCUUUGAUUGAGCAGGGUGUUCCUUUCAGCUCUAACUCAGAGUAUGAGCAGCAGAUUGAAACAGAAGCUAUAAACAGAAAGUUGGAAAACUUAACUAGUGUUGUGACAAUACUAAAUUCUACCAUUCAAGAGCUCACUAAAAAUCAGAAACAGUUGAAAACUGAUGCUCAGGCUCAUGAUGAAAUGUCGGAAAGACGUAUUAAUGAAUGUUUCGUUUUAGUUGAGGAUGGCAUAAAUAAGACAUUGACAGUUUUGAAUGAGGCCGUUGAUUCAAUCCGAGAUAACUAUGUCCUAAAAGAAACACUGAGUACUUUCAAAAAUGAGACAGAAGCCUGCUGCAGUUGGGUUGAGACAGUGGAAAGUGUAUCAGCAUUGGUCCCUCAAUUCCAACAGAUGAAUGAAUCCCUUCAGAUACUAAUAAAUGGAAACCACAAACUUGACUUUACUUCAAAAAUAAUUAGAAAUCCUUCAGAGGCUUCACCUGAUGAAAACAUUCCUCAUGCCAGCCCAGUUCGCCAUGAUCAAAGCAAAAUAUCAUUAACUUUGCAAGGGCAUCAACAAGAAAUAGGGCACCUUGAUGAGAAACAGGUGCAUCCCAUGCAGGAACACAAGGAUUACGAAGUUCGCCUGCAGGUUGUGGAAGCAAAAAUAAACAAGUUUUUGGUAAACAAUUGUGUCUCAGUAAGAAAUGUCAAAGCUGCUGCAACAGAAAAUGAGAAAGUAGUCUCAGGACAGCUUCAGGCAUUGAGUUCAAGAAUCAGGGCACUUGAAGCCAAAUCCAUACGGUUGUCUCUGAGCAUGCCUCUGAUAAAUAAGACUGCCUAUGAAGCUUGGGGCUUGUGUAAGGAUGUCUCUGGAAGCAUUCAAGCCAUGAAUGCCAGCAUUCCCAGAAUGAUGAAACUUCCUCAUCCAGAUACUUUGUUGUUUCAGAAAGGCAUAGAAGAACUUACUGAAUCUAUGCUGGAGGUCAAAGCUGGCAUGAUCCUGUCCAAUCUAACUUGGUAUGUAGACAGAUCCCUUGCUGAUGCAGCAGACAGAAUUACCAAACGUCUAAAGGCAGUCCCUGCAGUUUCUAAGAAACCACCACCAGUAAAAAAGAUGCCAGUGAACACUACUGCAAACCAAGCUGGACGGAGUCAGAGAAACACAGAUAAUACCCUAGAUACAGGUGACUAUUGCAGUAGCUCUCCGUGCAAUAAUGGGGGGACCUGUGUCAAUGAAAGACGGGGUUUUGUCUGCGCUUGUCGCUAUCCCUUUGGUGGAGUCAAUUGCAGCACAAAGAUGACGGAGGAAAAUGCUCCAGCCAUAGAUUUUUCAAAAGGCUCUUACCGGUAUGCACCAAUGGUGGCCUUUUUUGCUUCACAUACCUAUGGAAUGAAUUCUCCAGGCCCUAUUCGAUUCAACAAUCUGGAUGUCAACUAUGGGUCCUCCUAUGUCCCAGCAAAUGGAAGGUUCCGUGUGCCAUAUCUUGGCGUUUAUGUCUUUGAAUACACCGUUGAAUCAAGCAGCCCACUCUUCUCAGGAUAUUUGGUGGUUGAUGGAAUAGAUAAGCUAGCUUUCCGUUCUGAAAAUGCAAAUGAUAACAAGUAUGUUGAGAGGGUCAUUACUGGUGAUGCCUUACUGGAACUGAACUAUGGACAAGAAGUUUGGCUCAGGCUGGCAACAGGUUCUAUCCCAGCAAAAUAUCCACCCAUAACUACAUUUACUGGUUAUUUAUUGUACCGUACAUAAACCAGUUGCAUACAAAAGCUUGUCUUCUACGAAGGAAACACUUUGGUUCUUCUUUGCUUGAAUCUUGUUCCAUGCAGUGAAAUGAAUCACAUUUAAGGUUACCACCUUCUUUUGUAGGUCUCUUCUAUCUUUGACUUGUGUAACAGAAAGAAAUUAGAUGUAAAAAAUCUUUGCCAUCUCUCCUGUAUAAGAAAAAAAGUUGACUUAAAUCAUAUUAGUCCCAACUAAAAUAGAUCAAUUGGAUUUACUAAUGUAUUGACUCUUCAUUCAGCGAUGGUUUCAAUUGAUCUGCUCUUGUUGGGUCUAAUCCAAAGGAUUAUGGAAUAUAUUGGUUUCGUUUCCACUCAUCAACCAGUUUCUUUAUUUUUCAUUGCUACUUCUUUUCUAGAAUCUCCAGCGAAAAAUAAGUGGCAACUGUAAUCUCAUCUGAAACCCCUCCAUGCUUGCUAUCUCAUUUUACCUUGUAUUGGGUCAGUUUGUAAAUAGCUCUCCCAGGUAACUUGUUAUAGGAAUAUUUUCUAUAUACUCUGCUAUUUUCUGCUAUACUCAGCUAAAACAUGGGCCUUGGCUCAGAAAACUAAGAAUUAAGGGGCAACAUCAUAACCUCCACUCACUUGUAUUUCAUUUAAGACUCACAACUGAGUUUACUGUUGUUGCACAGAAAUGCACUUCCAGAUUUGUCAUAGUCCCUCAGCAGUUUAAAAUUGAAGGUGAAGAAAAUCUCUGUUCUUUUCUUCUCCCCCACCUCCUCCUCCUCCCUUGUCCCUUUCACCACCAAAGCAUGGUCAAUCCACUGAAAAUCCCAAAUUCUGUUACUGGCUUCUGAUCCACCUUCUGGCUUGUUCCAAUCUGCUUUACAAACUAGUCAGAUCACAAUGUCUCCAUUGCCUUCAUUUUGGAAACAAACUCCUGUGAAGUUGCUUCAAGUUUUGUCAAUCAAAUCGGGUGGAUGGUUAUAGUCUGUCAUGUACAGGCAGAGUACUCAAUGUUAAACUUCCAUUCUCAUUUGCUUGUAUUAUAUUCUGUAAUUAGUAAGACACUUUACUGUGAAAAAUCUCUGUUCAAAUCAUAGAAUUCAAGAAGGCAUGACCUCUCAAUGAUGGCAUAUAUCCUAUCAAAAACUCACAAAUUAACCAACACUAUUAAAUUCAUCAAACCGUUGAAGCAAAGGUGUCAUAUUGAAGUCCCAGCAGAGUGGAGGAGGGCAAAUGUCCCUGCCUUCAAGCAAGGAAAAAGGAGGACCCAAAUAGUUACCAUCCAGUCACCCCAACAUCAAUACCUGGAAAGAUUCUGGAGCACAUCAUUCAGGAGGCAGUCUGCAGUCAUUUAGAAAAGAAUGCUGUGAUUACUAAAAGUCAACAUGGAUUUUUCAAAAACAACUCAUGCCAGACUAAUCUUCUCUCUUUUUUCAAUAGAGUUAGAAACUUGGUAGAUGCAGGGAAUGCUAUGGAUGUAGCAUAACUUGAAUUCAGUAAGGCCUUUGAUGAGGUCUCCCAUGAUCUUCUUGCAAACAAGCUAUUAAAAUAUGGACUACAUAAUACUACCAUUAGGUGGAUUUGUAAUUGGUUAAGUGACCGAACCUAGAGAGUGCUAACCAAUGGUUCAUCUUCAUCCUGGAAAACAUGACUAGUGGAGUGUCGCAGGAUUCAGUUGUAGACUCAGUGUUGUUCAACAUCUUUAUUAAUGACUUGGAUGAAGAUUUAGAGGGCAUACUUAUCAAGUUUGAAUAUGACACCAAAUUAGGAGGGAUAGCUAAUACUUCAGAAGACAGGAGCAGAAUCAAAAUCACCUCAACAGAUUAGGUAGCUGGGCCAAAACUAACAAAACAAACUAAAACAAGGAGAAGUGUCAGACACUUCACUUAGGCAGAAAAAAUAAAAUGUUACAGGAUGGGUAAUACCUGACUCGACAACAGCACAUGGGAAAAAGAUCUUGGAGUCUUAGUGGACAGCAAGUUGAACAUGGGCCAACAGCAUGAUACAGUAACUAAAAAGCCAAUGGGAUUUUGGACUGCAUCAAAAGUCGUAUAGUGUCUAGAUCAAGGGAAGUCAUGGUGCCUCUUUAUUCUGCCUUGGUCAGACCUCACUUGGAAUACUGUGUCCAAAUCUGGACACCACAAUUUAAAAGAGACAUUGACAAGCUGGAAGGUAUCCAGAGGAAGGCAACUAGAAUGAUCAAAGGUCUGGAGACCAUGAAUCCCUGUGAGGAGCAACUUCAAGAGCUUGGGAUGUUUAGCCGGCAGAAGAGAAGACUGAUAGGAGACAUGAUCACCAUGUUUAAAUAUUUGAAAGGCUGUCAUAAGGAAGAGAGAGUAGGCUUCUUUUUCUGCUACCCUGGAGAAUAGGAUUCAGAGCAAUGGGUGCAAAUUACAGGAAAAGAGAUUCCACCUGAACAUUAAGAACUUCCUGACCACAAGAGCUGUUCAACAGUGAAACUCUCUGCCUUGGAAUGUGGUGGAAGCUCCUUCCUUGGCUGGGUGGCCAUCUUUUGAGGGUGCUUUGGUUGUGUUUUUCUUGCAUUGCAGGGGGUGGGACUAAAUGGUCCAUGUGGUCUCUUCCAACUCUAUGAUUCUAUGAAGAUACUGAAAGAGGGCCAUUCUCUAACCUAAAAGAAUGUUGAGAAAAACUAUUCUUCGUCCAUUGCCUAAUUCAAAUGUGGUAUAUUGUUUCUGUCAUACUAUUCACAAGGGAAAUCUGUGAUGAAAAUCUGAUUAAAAUCCAUAUAUUUAAUCUGGGUUUAGUAAAUUAGACAAUUAAUAGCAUCAGUUAAGGUAUUAACCCAUUUCACUUUCUGAAGACCAGCUUCAUGGCUGUCUUAUAAGAAAUCCACAAUGUUUAAAAUGUCAAACAAAGAGAGUGUAUUUUAGUGUACAUUCCUAGCCUCUACUGAAAAAUUCAAUCUACUUUGGAUUUUUCUUUUUAAAAACCCUGUCUUGUGCUUAUAAAACACACCACAAAGCCUAAAACUAUAUUUUUCACUCCCUUUCCUCCAAUAAUGCAUAUCUUUCUGUAACUACUUAAAAUCCUGAUCUUUCACGAACCUAUCCUAGCGUAUCAUUGAAUUUUAUCAAAUAUCUUGCCCACAUGGCUAAAUCCCUCCCCACCCCUUGUAUGACUUUGUCAGUUUAAUAACCUGUUUAGUCCUCUUUAUCCAUGCUAUGGAUAUGGCUAAAUGGCGUGGAAAUUACUCUGCAAAUGAAAUUCAAAUGACCCACAAGAGACUGCAUCUCCCUCUUUAAAUACGACUUUCUUUGCCCUUCCUGCCCUUACUACUAAAUCCUUCAAGCCAGGUCCUCUAUCUGCUGAGAUGCUAAUUGUUUUCUUCCAAAUUCAGAUUUCUGAUAGGGUCUGGUUGUUUCUCUCCCUCACUACCCCUUUUUACUAAUAAAUUUCAUUUCUGUUGAUCACACUCCAGACAGUAUUAACAACCAUAAAUAUAUGUGUGUUGUUAGGGUGGGGAUGGGGAUUUAUAGUAAGAUGUAUAUACCAGUGGUGUACCAGUAAUAAUAAUUAAAAAUUAUACCUGACUUGCCUA